GGUUUAUUUUUUCUUUCUUAAUUUCCCUUUUUCUCUCUGAUUUUAUAUGUAAAACCAAUUUUUGCUUUAGCCCUUUUUCUGGUGCCGACUUAAUGGAAUUCUUAUUUGUUGUAAAGUUUUGGUGUUCUUUUGUAUGUUGAAUUUGUCUGAAUGGUGAUGUUUUGAAUUUGAGUCUUUGGUUUUUCAAAUUUCAAUGACAAGCUGUUUGGUGGUUUUAUUUUGGAAUAGAAUGACAUUGCUGGUAACUUGUUAUGAAUAUAUUCACUUUAAUUGCUUGUUAUCGAAAAUUUUGUGUUUCUAUCUUCUCUUUUUUUGGGUGGGGUGGCAGUUCUUUAGCUUUAUAGCCAUGUGACAUGAGAAUUCUGUAGAAUUUAGACCUUAUAGUUUAUACAUUGCUUAGCCGUUAUGCUUAUUUUUAAAUAAAUACCUACCAAAUGUGUAAUGCUUCCCCUCUAAUGGGUCUCCCAUGAGAGUGUAUUGUAGAAGGGAGAAGAUGGAUAUGGGCAGUAUAUGAAAUGAUAUGGAAAAUUCUGUUGUGGUAAAUCCUUACAAAUAGGACAUGUGGUUGGGAGGGAGGAGAAUGGGGGAUGCUCGAAUUAGUGGUUAGGGAAGUGAAUAUGAAUAAGGAGAUGGAGGGUGGGGAGGGUAGGCAAUCACUGGAGUAGUGUGGGGUGGCUUGUGCCACAGGGCAGAGAAGGUUUCCUUCUCUGAUUACUGUUCUUUCUUUUGUUUCUCAGUUAUACUUAAGCUGUGAAAUUCUCUUGUAGUCAGAGCCAGCUCCGAGUUUUCUUUACCAAUUCUAUAAUAAAUACAGUUCCUAUCAGCUUGGUAUUAGAGCUCCUGAUCUUGGGCAUUGUUGUCAGGAUCACGAGUUAAAUUGUUGGAUCGUAUGAUCCUGAGUUGAGUUUCAUGCUGUGUUGCUCGUGAGAUUGUCGGUCAGAGGGAUUGGAGUAGGAUCACAAUUUUCCUUGUAGGAUGAUCCCCAGCGUGGCAAGCAGACCUGGACUUUAGGGUCUGAUCCCCUUUGACCUGGUUUUUAAAAACCCCUAAUUCCCUUUUCUCCUUCAUAGUUCCAUACACAACUCCAUCUCCUUCCAUGCUUGUCACUUCAGCAACCCUAAGUUCUCUUAGCUGCUGCCAAUCUCAACCGCCCCACCUUCAUCCUGCCCCACUGCUGCCCUGUGUCGUUUCCUGCGCUGCUGCUGCCUCCUCUUCUUUGGCUCUACGAAGUGAAAACUGCGAACAACUGCUGCUUGUGUCAUGCAAGGGUGGCCAUGAUGAUGACUUGACUGAUUAGAGGAACUGUAUCUUGUGUCAUGAAUUAUCAUGCUAUUUCAAUGUUCACAAAUUCAGACUUCAUCGAAUUAGCUGAAGUUCCCGAGGAUGAACCCUUGAGAUUGAUUAUGCAAGAGGUAGUGCUGAAUCCAGGUUCUCCCCACACUAUCCAGUUUCUUAAGGCUGUCUAUGGUUUAAUCAGAGGUUAGUACUGCCAAAAAAAUCUGGUUGUAUUCCACAUUUUUGUCUAAGUUUCAUGCUUCAGUGGGCAUUCAGCAGUAACCAAAAUUAUACACGGCUGGCCAUGGCUUUCUAUUGGAAUGGAAUGAAGCAUGAUAUGGAGCAGUUUGUGGCGGCUUGUGUGGUAUGUAAGCAGACUAAACUCCAGGCUCUUUACAGGCUUGCUCCAACAAUUACCAAGUCCCAACCAUGUUUGGUGGACUUCCAAGGGGUAAAGGAGCUGAUACAACCAUGUUUGAGAAUCCAUCUUCGAGCAGCCAAUGAACCUACAUCACCUGUUACCACUAUGGCUCAGCCUGGUAAUCCUGUAGCCUUUGUUUCGUAGUCCUGCUCCCUUGGACCUUGGAUUCUUGAUUCUGAUGCCUUUGAUCAUAUGACUGGAUCAAUGCAUUGGACAAACGAUUGGAGUAGGACAUGAGUUUGGAGGAUUAUAUCAGCUUACACCUCUGAUUGCCUGUGUCUCAUCUGCAUCUCCAGCUCUCACACAUCUAUGCCUUGGGGACCCGAGUCUGGAGAGAUUGCGUCUGUUAGUUCGCAGUUUUUCUAAUGUUAAGUCCUUUCAGUGCGACUUGUGUCAGCUAGGGGAUUCUUGAUCAAACAUCAUGUGCCCAUACACCACAACAUAAUGGUGUUGCUGAACGCAAAAAUUAACCGCAUGCCUUCGUUGGUUCUCAACAAUCAGAUUCUUUAUUCCAUCUUGAAUCCUCAUCAACGCCUCCAUCCUGUUCCUCUUUGUGUCUUUGGAAGUAUGUGUUUUGUGCAUGAUCUCACUCUAGAUUAAUCUUGGAAGUUUGAUGUGCUUGCUUGCUUUUGGUUUGAAUUUGAAGUGGUCUUAAUGGGGAAUAUACUGAAUCUGAACAAUUCCAAGACUAGAUGGAAGGAUUCCUACGGGGUUUUACAAGGUGAAUCCUGCAAGAGACAGAGGUUGUCACCAAACCCUUGCGGGUACAACGCAAGACUGAUUCCGUCCCUUCCUGAUGAGAUAUCAAUACAGAUUCUAGCUAGAGUUCCUCGAAUUUAUUAUUUGAAUCUGAAGUUAGUUUGCCGUGCUUGGAAGGAAACCCUUGUUAGUUCUGAACUAUUUUGUGUGAGAAAAGAGCUUGGAACCAUGGAGGAAUGGCUCUACAUUUUGACAAAGGUCAAGGAUGAUAAGCUUUUAUGGUAUGCAUUGGACCCUCUUUCCAGAAGAUGGCAAAGGUUGCCGCCAAUGCCAAAAGUUGGGUUUGAAGAUGAAACAAAGAAAGGUUUGAUUUCCUUUCCCCUUCGGAUGUGGAGCAUGAUGGGUCCAAGUAUCAGAAUUGUUGAUGUCAUAAUGAGCUGGCUUGGUAGGAGAGAUGCCCUGGACUGGAUGCCAUUUUGUGGUUGCUCCAUAGGAGCUGUUGAUGGUUGCAUCUAUGCAUUAGGAGGAUUUUCAAGAGCUUCAGCAAUGAAAUAUGUUUGGCAGUAUGAUCCCAUUAAAAACUCUUGGACUGAGGCCAGUCCAAUGUCAGUUGGUAGAGCCUAUUGCAAGACAGGUAUAUUAAACAACAAGCUUUAUGUUGUUGGAGGGGUUACUAGGUGUCGUGGUGGACUAAGCCCUCUUCAAUCUGCAGAAGUAUAUGACCCUCAUACAGGCAUGUGGUCCCAAUUACCUAGCAUGCCUUUUGCAAGAGCUCAAGUGUUGCCCACUGCUUUUUUGGCUGACUUACUCAAGCCUAUUGCCACAGGAAUGGCUUCAUACAGGGGAAGGUUAUUCGUUCCUCAGAGUUUGUAUUGCUGGCCAUUUUUUGUUGAUGUUGGGGGUGAAGUUUAUGAUCCAAAUUUAAAUUCAUGGCUUGAAAUGCCAAUUGGCAUGGGUGAAGGCUGGCCUGCAAGGCAAGCUGGAACGAAAUUGAGUAUUACUGUCAAUGAUGAUCUAUAUGCACUUGAUCCUUCAAAUUCUCUUGACAGUGCAAAGAUCAAGGUAUAUGAUUAUGAAGGUGAUACUUGGAAAGUUGCAGCCGGAGAUGUUCCUAAUCAUGAUUUCACUGAUUCAGAAUCUCCUUAUCUCUUGGCUGGCUUACAUGGAAAACUUCAUGUAAUAACUAAAGAUGCUAAUGAUAACAUUACAGUGUUGCAGGCUGACAUGCAAAAUGAACAUGCUGAGUCAGCUUUCUCCCAAUCAAUAUUCUCAUCACCAGAUAACUCAUUCAGUGAAGAUGCUGAAUCUUCUGCAGAAGCCCGGAGAGAAUUUUGGAAGGUUCUUGCAACUAGGAGUGGUAGAUCUGCUGAACUAGUUAACUGUCAAUCCCUUAAAAUAUGAAAAAAAAAAAAAAUGGGGGUAGGGGUGUGGUUUAGAGUCCUUUUGUGGUUAUGAUUUGUGAGUAUAUUUCUGUUGGUUGGCAUGAUUGCUUAUAAGUCACACUAGGUUGGGAAAUUUCCAAAGUUGUAAAUGAUUUCCUUUACAAAUUAUUCAUAAUAUGUAACCAAGAAUACACAGAAUUAAAACUAUACUUAGCAAGAACAUCAUUCAAACACCCUACAAUAUAUGAAUGUUUUUUAACAUUAAGUUGGGUAUAUAUCACCGUUUUGUAGCA